AUUUUCCCGCCUCUUUUGUAACCAAUGGUAACCAAACAGUACCAGGCUAAGAGAGUUCAAACUGAAGCGUAACUAACGAAAAUUUGCUGAACCAGUUAACAAGUAUGGCACCUAAAAGUAAAAAAAGGCCAAGAAGCAGUGCAAGCAGUAAAGUGAAAGGUAAAGGUCAGAAGACUCGGUCUCCCUCGCCGCAGGAAAGAAUUGGUCACCCUGAAGAUAUCUUCCCCCUGGUCCUGACAUCAGCCACCCAGGAGCUCUUUGAUUGCCGCACUGAUGAGGAUGUCACAAGGGAGAGCCCUUACAAGCUUCUGAAGAAAGACAACAUCAUACAGGACAUUAAGAAAAGAGCUGCAGUGUCCGAUUUCAGCCCUGUGAAACAGCCUGUCCUGGACUAUCCAGAGGAAGAAAUCUUGCUUGUUUUUGACAGUGACUUCACUUUUGGUCAGUGUUUCUACUUGGUUCUGACACCAGAAAGGAAGAACAAAAUACUCGAACCCCCGGAGCCUGAAACACUAGAAGUGUCUGAGAAUGAAGUCAAUAAAACCCCGGAAUCAAAGCCAUGGAUAUCUCUUGGCAGCGAGAAGGAAAUAGAUGAAGAAUCUAUCAAAGAAACCAGAGAAAAGCUGAGAUUUAAAUUCUCAAGAGUGCGAAGGAAGUUUGGGACGCCAGUAUGUUUUUCUGACCGCAAUGCUUCAGAUGCUAAGGAUGGCUACGUGGAAUGUGCUUCCUACCCAAACAGCAAAUUCAGCAUCAAGCAGAUGCAAAGGGACUGCAGAAGUCAAGCUGUUCCCAGUAUGCACAGCAGCAGUACUCAGACAAAUUGGAAUCAUCUACGAAAUGCCUUCACUCAUUACAGUCCAAGAGAGUUGAGCAAGGAGGAAAUAGAAAGCAUCAUUAACUCAGAGAGUCUAAAGAAUUUUUGCAUCUCAGUCACCUCCAGGAUCAUGCAUGCCCUUCAACAGGAAGAGAUUAUGAAUGUGUUCAUUGAUGACUGGAAGGCUCUGGAGACCGGAGAUGAAGCUGGUGACUGGUCUGGAAAGGUGGCUAAGGGUCUGAUGCUUUAUCAGGCUUUUACAGACCAAAAGUACACUAAGGACAGGACAAUCAGCAGUAUUAACUGGCAUCCAACCAUCCAUGGUGUGAUAGCUGUUGCUUUGAUGGAGAAAAGGGAGGAGCCUUUGGACAUGUCUGCUGUGUUUAUCUCCAGACCUUCUUUCAUUGUCUUCUUUAGCUUUUCUGACCCCUCUAAUCCCCAGUUGCUCCUGGAGUGCCCAGAUGACAUUUUAGCAUUUGAUUUCUGCCCCUCCAAUCCAAAUAUUAUUGUUGGCGGCUGCACAAACGGCCAGGUUGUACUAUGGGAUAUUAUAGCUCACAUCACACACUUGCAGGACAACCAACCUAGCAGUAAAAUGGCCUCAGUCAACAGUGACACAUUUGAUCCUGAUGAGAAAAAAGGGAAUAAGAUUCCUGUUGUCCACUUCAGUGCAGUGUCUGUCAUAGAGAGCUGUCACAAAGCCCCUAUCACUGAUGUCCAGUGGCUGCCACCAACAUUUCAGGUGACCAGCACGGGCUUACCAGUGGAGAACACAAUGAAGAUGUCUGCUCAGAUUGUCACCUGUUCACCUGACUGCACUAUCAUGUUCUGGGACGUGAGGUUACCUAAACUGCCCCUGUCGGGCAGAAAGCAAAAUGUGGAUCAGACGACCCCGAGCACAACCUGUAGCGUACAUGAAACUUUCAAAUACUUGGAGCGAACAUGGAAACCACUGUUCAAGGCUGUCGUGCCAAAGAUUGAUACAAGUGGUGAAUAUGUCCCUUUAAAGUUCAGCCUUGAACUUUACACCAGUAAUGACAAUACAGAAAAAGCUGCAGAAAAUGGGCAUGUGGGGAUUCCAGACUACAGCCAGCUAAAAGUACCCUCAACCAGUACAGUUAAGGUUCUGGAAGAUGUCAAUACCAAGUUCUAUGUUGGAACAGAGGAUGGGGAAAUCGUUUACACUGACUGGAAAGUAGAGAAAGACAUGUCUGGACAGCUGUUUAGUGCUAAACCUCUUUACUGUUUCAACGCUCAUCAUUAUUUGGUGAACACAAUGCAACGAUCACCCUUCUUUAAAGACAUUAUUUUGACAAUUGGAAGCUGGAACUUCGCCAUUUGGCAGGAGGGAGUGAUGGAUGGUCCUCUGGUUCUGUCACAAUUUUCUGGAGAGGAGUGCACAGCGGGAUGCUGGUCCCUGUCACGACCGGCAGUUUUCUUCAUUGGGAAAGGAGACGGCAGUAUUGAGGUUUGGAACCUGUUGGAAAACACCAACCAACCUGCACAUGUCUAUCAUCAUUUCACCAAUGCCAAGAUUACCUGCAUCAAACCCUGGAUUGUCUCCUCCAAGCAGCAUUUCCUGGCAGUGGCGGACAACCUUGGAACUCUCCAUGUUUUCAAAAUACCACAAACCCUCUACAUUCCCUCCAGGCAUGAGACCUUACGCAUGAAGAAAUACUUUGAACUGGAGAAGGACUGUUUGAAGGAUUAUUUGAAGAGGAAGGAACUGUGGGUGAAACUGAAAAAGGAGCAAGAGGAACUCAAGAAGAAAAAGGAAGCUGACAAACCAGUCACGUCUCUGCAGAGCACUGAAGAUGAACUGAAGCAGUACAGAGAUGACGCGGGGAUGGCAGAAAGCAUCCUGAAGGGCUUGGGCCUGUGGCCAGCAGCUUUAAACGCACAGGAUACCUAAUAUCACACACAUUUACACACACAAAUACAAGUUGUCUUUUGUGCAAAGAUAAUUUAAAAUUGAUACCUUCAGUGUUUUUAAACAGCAUCAACAGUGAAAAUCUCUGUGCCAAGGUUGUUUUCUUUACAGCUGUUUUUUAAAGUAUUUGUCACCACUUAUGAGAUGUUAAGACAUUAUUAAAUUUUCCUUAUUUUAUUUAGUUGAAAAUCUUGAGGAUAUUUUAUCACCGCAAUAGAUUGUUCUUCCCAUUAACAGUCAGAUAGUCUGGGUAUUAAAGAUUCAGGGUCAGCAAUAAAUCAUUUU